AUGAACCGCUUCAAUGGGCUCUGCAAGGUGUGUUCGGAGCGCCGCUACCGCCAGAUUACCAUCCCGAGGGGGAAGGACGGCUUCGGCUUCACCAUCUGCUGCGACUCUCCGGUCCGAGUCCAGGCCGUGGAUUCUGGGGGCCCGGCAGAGCGGGCAGGGCUGCAGCAGCUGGACACGGUGCUGCAGCUGAACGAGAGGCCCGUGGAGCACUGGAAAUGCGUGGAGCUGGCACACGAGAUCCGGAGCUGCCCCAGCGAGAUCAUCCUGCUCGUGUGGCGCAUGGUACCCCAGGUCAAGCCAGGGCCAGACGGUGGGGUCCUGCGGCGGGCGUCCUGCAAGUCAACCCAUGACCUCCAGUCACCCCCCAACAAGCGGGAGAAGAACUGCGCCCACGGGGCCCAGGCACGGCCAGAGCAGCGCCACAGCUGUCACCUGGUGUGCGACAGCUCGGAUGGGCUGCUGCUCGGUGGCUGGGAGCGCUACACGGAGGUGACCAAGCGCGGGGGCCAGCACACCCUGCCUGCACUGCCCCGUGCCACGGCCCCCGCCGACCCCAACUACAUCAUCCUGGCCCCGCUGAACCCUGGGAGCCAGCUGCUGCGGCCUGUGUACCAGGAGGAUGCCAUCCCCGAAGAAUCAGGGAGUCCCAGUAAAGGGAAGUCUUACACGGGCCUGGGGAAGAAGUGUCGGCUGAUGAAGACGGUGCAGACCAUGAAGGGCCAUGGGAACUACCAGAAUUGCCCGGUCAUGAGGCCGCACGCCCCACACUCAAGCUAUGGCACCUACGUCACCCUGGCCCCCAAGGUCCUGGUGUUCCCCAUCUUCGUUCAGCCUUUAGAUCUCUGUAACCCUGCCCGGACCCUCCUGUUGUCAGAGGAGCUGCUGCUGUAUGAGGGGAGAAACAAGGCUGCCGAGGUGACGCUGUUUGCCUACUCUGACCUGCUGCUCUUCACCAAGGAGGAUGAGCCAGGCCGCUGCAACGUCCUGAGGAACCCCCUCUACCUCCAGAGCGUGAAGCUGCAGGAAGGUUCUUCAGAAGACCUGAAAUUCUGUGUGCUGUAUCUGGCAGAGAAGGCAGAGUGCUUAUUCACUUUGGAAGCUCACUCGCACGAGCAGAAGAAGAGAGUGUGCUGGUGCCUGUCGGAGAACAUUGCGAAGCAGCAACAGCUGGCGGCUCCGUCCCCUGAGAGCAAGAUGAGCGGGACUGACACAGCUGGGGAUGAUGAUGAUGCCUCCCGGAAGAGAAAGAGCAAAAACCUAGCCAAGGACAUGAAGAACAAGCUGGGCAUCUUCAGGCGGCGGAACGAAUCCCCUGGGGCCCAGCCAGCGGGCAAGGCAGACAAAGUGACGAAGUCAUUCAAGCCCACCUCAGAGGAAGCACUCAAGUGGGGCGAGUCCUUGGAGAAGCUGCUGGUCCACAAAUAUGGGCUAGCGGUGUUCCAAGCCUUCCUCCGCACUGAGUUUAGUGAGGAGAACCUGGAAUUCUGGCUGGCAUGCGAGGACUUCAAGAAGGUCAAGUCACAGUCCAAGAUGGCGGCCAAGGCCAAGAAGAUCUUUGCUGAGUACAUCGCGAUCCAGGCAUGCAAGGAGGUAAACCUGGACUCGUACACACGGGAGCACACCAAGGACAACCUGCAGAGCGUCACGCGGGGCUGCUUCGAUCUGGCGCAGAAGCGCAUCUUCGGGCUCAUGGAGAAGGACUCAUACCCACGCUUCCUCCGCUCGGACCUCUACCUGGACCUCAUUAACCAGAAGAAGAUGAGUCCCCCGCUUUAGGGGCCACUGGGGUAGAGCUCAGCGUUCACACCAGGCGGGCUGGGCCCCUCCCCACCUGCCUCCCUACCCCCUGCGACAGAGGAGGCAAGUGAGCCCCCAGAGGCUGUGUCCGGACAGACAGACGGACAUUUGGAUGAGAGGCCUGGACCAAGACAGGAGGAAUAGAGGGACUGGCCCCGCUGGGCCCCCACUGCCCUGGUACGAGGUGGCCCAAGGGCCCUGGCAGGUUAGGGGCGCUGGCUGAGCCAGAUCUGGAGCUGCUGCUUCCUGCUGCGCAGACUUCGCAAUGACCAAGUUCCUUAAAGAACUGGCUGAUGGGCAGGGGGCCGAGGCCUGGGCCCUGGGGCUCUCCGGGGGGGGUCACUCGGACUCACAGCUCAGACCCCCUCCUUGAGUUUUAUUUAUUUAAGCAGCAGUUGGAUGCUUGGCAUCUCGUCCUGUAAUAGGAAACCUUUGCCUCAUCAGUUUUCCUGAUUUACAAGUGCAAUAUUUUAACCAACGCCUUGUGAAAAGCCACCUUGCGGAGAAGGUGGGCACCAUUUUCCAGUUUCAGGGGAUCUGCUGGUCCCAAGCCCCAGUGGCGGAUAGCUGGGCCUGAUGGACUGACAAGGCCCAGAGGGGCGGGGGCUGCAGUCUGACCUCACACCAAAAUCCAGCACCCCUGAGUGAGGGGUCCCCCGGGGCCUCUGGGAAAGCAUGGCACCCUCAGACCACACAGCGGCCGAGUUCAGGAGCAAAUAAAAGCCCUGUGUUAUUUUUUGUUCUUGAC